CUCUUUCCCAUCUCCAAGAUCUUGUUUGCCAAUUGGUCCAUUACAUUUGAACAAGACUGAUUUGCAGAAUGCCCAAGGUGCUCAGAAUCGGUGUUGAUGUUGGCGGUACAAAUACUGAUGGCGUUGUCUUGGAUCCAAAAAAGUCGUCAGAGCCUAGCAAAGGAGUUAUAGCAUGGCACAAAGCUCCGACGACCACAAAUCCAAGCUUGGGCAUCAGCAAUGCUCUCGUUUCCAUGUUUGAUCAGGCCAAGAUAAAUCCUUCUGAUGUUGCUUCUGUGACCAUAGGUACCACGCAUUUCGUAAAUGCGGUGGUAGAGAGAGAUGCUGCCAGACUCGCUCGAGUGGCGGUGAUACGUCUCUGCGGCCCCUUCAGCAAGCAUGCCUUACCAUGCAUCGAUUGGCCAGCCGACAUGAGAGAUCUUAUCCUCGGUCAUCAUGCUUUAGUCAAAGGAGGUCUCGAAAUGGAUGGCAACUUGAUCUCCGAUAUCAACGCCGAAGAGAUCAAAGAGCAAUGCUGCAUCAUCAAAGAGAAAGGCAUCACAAGCAUCGUGGUCAACGGAAUCUUCAGCCCGAUUGACUCGACACAUCAUCAAGAAGAACGAGCCGCGCAGAUCAUUAAUCAAGCUCUUCCUGGAUGCCAUGUUGUCCUUUCCAAGGAAGUCGCCAAUCUUGGAUUCUUGGAGCGCGAGAAUGCAGCAAUCUUGAAUGCUUCAAUUCUCCCUUUCGCGAAGAAGACUAUCUGCUCAUUCCAGGAGCCAAUCAAACGACUUGGAUUGACUUGCCCUGUCUUCUUGAGCCAGAAUGAUGGAACGAUCCUGAGCGGAGAGAUGGCAUCUCGGCUACCCAUCAGAACUUUCUCCAGUGGGCCAACAAACAGUAUGAGAGGUGCUGCAUACCUUGCGCAAGGUGGAACCAAGGAGGCUAUGAUGGUAAUUGACAUUGGUGGUACGACGACUGAUGUUGGUUUGUUGCUUGCCAACGGUUUCCCAAGACAAGCCGCAGCAUACUCCGAGUUUGCUGGCGUCCGCAUGAACUUCUCAUGUCCCGACGUCAAAAGUAUUGGACUCGGAGGUGGCUCCAUUGUGCGAGAGCAUGACGGUGAAUUCACUGUUGGACCUGACAGCGUAGGCUACAAGAUACAGACAGAGGCCCUUGUGUUCAACGGCAAUGUUCCUACCACUACCGAUUACACAGUCGCUGGAAACACCUCAAUAGACAUUGGCGACCGAAGCAAGGUGCAACAUUUGAUCAAUGAUGGCAUUUCUUCAUUCAAGGCGGAAGUGAAGAAAAUGUUGGAGAAGGCAGUCGACACCAUGAAGACUUCGCCAGAAGACCUACCUGUUUUACUGGUCGGUGGUGGAGCUGUCAUCGCACCUGAUGAGUUGGCUGGAGCAAGUCGUGUCAUCAAACCUGAGUACUCUGGUGUUGCCAACGCUAUUGGAGCCGCAAUUGCCAGAGUCAGUGCUGUGGUAGACACUGUCAAGUCUACCGAGACGAAGAGCGUUGCGACUCUGGUUGAAGAAAUAUCAAAGGAGGCUGUCCAAAGAGCAAUUGAGUCUGGAGCGGCCCAAGAUUCGGUAAAAAUUGUCGAAGUCGAAACUUUGCCACUACCAUAUAUUGCGAACAAGAGUCGAUUCGUUAUCAGAGCUGCAGGAGAAUUUGACUACAGUCGUGCGAACGAAAUGAAGCAGGCCACAGAAGAACUACUCUCGGACAAAAACGUUAUGGACGCGUACGAGAAGGAUGGGAACAAGCCGCAUUCUGCCAUCAAUGGCAUCGAGAAGCAUGUAUCAGCGGAGCCGGUCAACAUCUCUACUUACAAGCCAAAGGUUGUGGACCGAGUCUGGUAUGUCUCAGAGACCGACCUUGACUGGAUGUCAGUCGGCUGUUACAUUCUGGGUACCGGUGGUGGUGGUAGUCCGUACUCGCAUAUGCUUCGUAUGAGGAGUCUUCUCAGAGACGGAGACGUUAUUAGAGUGAUCAACCCUCACGAUCUCAAAGACGAUGACCAUGUAGGCUGUGGUGGCGGAGCAGGUUCGCCGACAGUAGGCAUUGAGAAACUUCCUGGAGACGAGAUGAUGGAUGCCCAACGCGGCCUCUACGAGAUGUGCGACAGAAAAGCCACAGCAAUGAUAGCGCUCGAAAUAGGUGGUGGUAACGGUCUGCAAGGUAUGAUCUUGGGAGCCAGUUCCAACAUGAAUCUGCCAACAGUCGAUGGUGACUGGAUGGGACGAGCAUAUCCAACAAAAUGGCAAACAACACCAGUGGUCUUCAACGAACGCCCAUGCGUCUUCUGCCCCAUCGCUACAGCAGAUGGUAAUGGCAACCUGCUAUACAUGCCAACAGCAGUAUCAGAUCUAGCCGUCGAACGAAUCAUCAGAGCUGCUCUUUCCCAAAUGGGAUCACACGUCGGCUGCGCAGAAGGCCCGGUAACAGGAGCAGAGACCAAACGCUGGGCAGUCGAACACACAAUCUCCCUCUCCUGGCGCAUCGGUCGCGCAGUCGCUCAAGCCCGCCAGGCCAACCGCAUCGACACCGUAGCCGAAAGCAUCAUCGCUGAAGUCGGUGGCCCCUCGGCCGCAAAAGUGAUCUUCAAAGGCAAAAUCAUCGGCGUAGAACGAACGCUUCGAAACGGUCAUGUGUAUGGCGAAGUCAUCAUCGAAGCCGCCAACGACAGCACUCCAUCUGAAUUUAAAGGCCGUGUCAAGAUCCCAUUCAAGAAUGAGAAUAUCGCGGCCUUCAAGAUGACAGAGGAUGGCAGGGAGGAGGUUUUGGCAAUCGUGCCUGAUCUAAUUUGCGUGAUCGAUGCACAGUCUGGUGAGGCUAUCGGGACACCAGAGUAUCGGUAUGGAUUACUGGUUACUGUUAUUGGCAUCACGGCUAGUGAUAAGUGGACUUCCACACCACGAGCGAUUGAAAUUGGAGGACCCAAAGCGUUCGGAUUGGAUGAUAUCGAGUACAAGCCACUAGGGAAGUUCGUCAAGCCUAGGAGUGUGAUUGAUGAGUACUCGAACUAG